AUGACGGAGGCGGAGGCGGAGAUGACGGCGGCGGCGGCGACAGAGGCGACAGAGGCGGUAACAACGGCGGUAACAGCGGCAACAACAGAGGCGGUAACAAACAACCAUGACGGUCAAGUGUUAGGCGAUAGAAACGCUCCUCCAUUAGGAAACCGCAACCCCGACGGCGGUGAUAACGGCGGCGACGCCAUUGUCAACAUCGGCAAUAAUGACGGAGGCGGAGGCGGAGAUGACGGCGGCGGCGGCGACAGAGGCGACAGAGGCGGUAACAACGGCGGUAACAGCGGCAACAACAGAGGCGGUAACAAACUCCAUGACGGUCAAGUGCUAGGCGGUAGAAACGCUCCUCCAUUAGGAAACCGCAACCCCGACGGCGGUGAUAACGGCGGCGACGCCAUUGUCAACAUCGGCAAUAACGGCGGAGGCGGAGGCGGAGAUGACGGUUUUUCGUUAAUUAUUGCUCUUGAAUUUAUUCCCAUCCCCAAGACAGCCGUGACGGUCCUGACCCUGCUCCCGAAUGCACACCGCUAUUAUGAUGGGCACGUGGACGGGGACAAGAACCCCGGAUAUGAGAGUAGUUAUUACGAACUCCAUGACGGUCAAGUGCUAGGCGGUAGAAACGCUCCUCCAUUAGGAAACCGCAACCCCAAUGGCGGCGAUAACAGCGGCGACGCCAUUGUCAACAUCGGCAAUAACGGCGGAGGCGGAGGCAGAGAUGACGGCGGCGGCGACGACAGAGGCGACAGAGGCGGUAACAACGGCGAUAACAGCGGGUGA